UCAGUGGUGAAAAGCCAAACGAAAUUCAAAACAAAUCAUUGCUUUUUCGCCAAUAGUUUCACGCGUUUUGCGAUUACUUUGACUGCAAUUAAAGUUUUGUGACAACUCUUUGGAUCACUUGCGGUGACAAUCAUGUCGUUGAACGCGUCGAUGCACUCGAGGAAUAUAUACCGCCAGAGGCCGGACUUCGAGGUUAUGGCCAAAACGUACCCAUCGUUUGCCGCUUAUGUCAAACGCGACUUAAGAGGGAAAGUGGUCUUUGAUUACAACGAUUCCCACGCUUUACGGGAACUGACGAAGACGUUACUCAAGAAGGACUUUGAUCUCGAGGUCGAUAUACCGUCCGACAGACUCAUACCAACGGUUCCGCAACGACUUAAUUACAUACUGUUUGUCGAGGACUUGGUCUCAAAGUUGAGACAAUUCCUCGUCGCUAAUGGUAAUGGUGUUCAUCAGGAGCUGAUCACCGGCUUAGACAUCGGCACCGGUUGUUGCGCUGUCUUUCCACUCAUCGGUUGCGCUCUCAAUAAGAACUGGAGUUUUGUGGCCAUCGAUGUCGACCCGAUUACCAUUCAGUCAGCCGUUCAUAAUGUCGACAAAAAUCAUUUGCAGCAACGGAUCAAGGUGGUUGAAUCCACUGAAGAUCAAAGUUUUGUGCCUAUUAUUCAACAGUUGUCUGCCAUUCAUGGGCAACGGAUCCACUUCUUGAUGACUAAUCCGCCGUUUUUUGCCCACAAUUACGAUGAGGAGUGUGUCGUGAAGAACACCGAAAGUGAUGCCCAAAUGGAUUUCGAGUUGGAGUCCACCGAAAGUCAUGUCUUUGCGUCGAAAGUGGAUCAAAAGCGAGCCUUUCGUCGGCACAAGUCGACGGCGAACACAUCGAAACCAAUCGAGUCGGUUGUCAGCGGCGGUGAAGUGGAGUUCGUGUCGAAGAUAAUCGACAAUAGUAUCGAAUUAUCGGAUAAAGUGAUGAUUUAUAGCUCAAUGUUAGGCAAAAAGAGUUCAUUAAAAGAACUCAAGACUAAAAUCAAGAGUUACGUCGAGAAUGGA